UUCACAUCGAGUCACACCCCAGCAGCAGCAUGGCGUCCGCCACGAACUACCUGAAACAAGGAUACGUCCCGUUUAGCGGGAAGCCGGAAGAUUUCCACGGCUGGAGUGGCCUGUUCUACUCCAUCAUGGAUGAGCAAGGAUUAGGCGACAUCAUGGCUGGGACGGAGACCGCCCCGGCAUCGGCGGCCAGCAGCGCGGAUUCGGAUCGUGCUGCGUUCGACAGGACGACGCUGGAAUUCAAACGUAAGAACGGCAAACUGUACACACGGUUAAACUUUGCUACGUCCGACUGCGCCGAUGGAUUCUCGAGCACUGCUUCCCAAGUCGUUCGAGCCUUCGGCCCCGCUCGCGUUGGUGAGCAUGGGGACGGACGUGCGGCAUACGUUGCCCUAGAAGCGAAGUACCGCCAGAAGGGCACCUAUCGGAUGCAUGAACUGCAGCGAGAGUUAGGAUCACUUGCGGUCACUGCCGAGGACGAUUACGACCCGGCGCGUGCAAUCCAAGACUUGCGUCGUAUCAGUUCCGAACUCGAGUCACUUGGAGACAAGGUCGUACCAGCCCGCCAGACGCAUAUCUUGUUGAACGCGCUUCCUGACCAGCACUACGCCCAACUUAAGGCCGCGCUGGUGUGCGGACAAGCCGAUGGCUCGGAGUUGGAUCUUGACUUCGAAAAUGUCGCGCACCGAGCGACCGCGUACCAUACACUGCAGAUCAGGGGGAAGGUUUCUGCCCACGGCCGUGCCCACAACACGGUCGUGCACGGGGGUGCACGUAGUUUCCGUAAGCAAGGCGGACGUGGCGGACGCGGCGGACGCAACCGCCAAGGCAAUGGCAGCCAACCGACCGGAGACAACGGCAGCAGCGGCUCCUCCGCCGGAAAUUCCAGAGGCGAUAGCCCUGGAGGCGCGCAAGAUGUGCGCGGGCGAGGCCGCGGCAACAAGUCCAAUAAAGGCGGAAACAAAAGUCACCAAAAGGGCCGAGACCGUCAGGGACGCUGCAAGUACUGCCACAACUCUACAGAGCACGGAUGGGACGGCUGCCCCCUUCGCCUGGAGAACGUGCGAGAGGAUAACGCCCAACAGGCGAAUGCCGCCGCGCCGGAACCGUCCACGCAGGCAUGGUUCACCCGAGUCGAGGAAUCCAGCGGUGAGCCGGAGGACUUUUCCAUCUCGUUUGGAGAACCGCAGGCACUGGAGAUGCCUGCCGCGGCGCUGCCGGAGAAGCGCGCCGCCGUGGGCGUGCAGGAAGGUCUUGUCAUCUACGAUCCGCAGGCACUGGAAAUGCCUGCCGCGGCGCUGCCGGAGGAGCGCGCUGCUGCUGAGGAGGAGGUGCCGGAGGCGCCUGUUGCGGCGCUGCCAGAGGAGUGCGCUGCUGAUGAUGCGCAGGUGCUGGAUGCGCCUGCUGUGGCGCUGCCCGAUGAGCGCGCUGCUGCUGAGAAGCAGGUGGCGGAGGCGCCUGCCGCGGCGCUGCCAGAGGAGCGCGCUGCCGACGAUGAGCAAGUGCUGGAUACCCCUGCUGUGCCGCUGCCCGAGGAGCGUGCUGCUGAUGCUGCUAGUGACGUUCAGGUGCAGAACCCGCUUGCUGAUGCAACAGAUAUAGUUGCCUACACCAGUGUGUACCAGGUUAAGGACGAGUCCGCCAGGAGCACCAUUAUGUUCGUAGACACAGCAGCGUCUAGCCACAUGGUUAGCGCGGAUUCCUACGCAUCUCGCCACGUGACCGAGAAGUCGGACUGCAACGUGAGGAUCAAAGGUUCGUGUGGAACGUCGAGCGCGGCUCAGAAAGGUAUCCUGCGUUUCGGCAUCUCAAACGACCGGAACCAACUCGUCCCGGUGGAGCUACAAGUACUACUGGUUGACAACCUAGGAGCGAACAUCCUCUCGGUCGGAGCCCUGAAGGAAAGGGGGGUGAUGUGCGAUCUUCUGUCUACUCCUCCAGCACUCCGUAGCAGCGAUCAGGCCUUCCCCAUCUCCACGGAGAUUUCGCGGAUGUACAGCGUGAACAUUGUCCUCGACGACAUGAGGAUGGACGGGACCGCGAUGCUGCUCAAGACGAAGGUGAAUGCACACAUGUGGCACCGGAGGAUGGGCCACUGUAAUCCGCGCGCCCUCCAGCAGCUGGCGAGGAAGGAGCAUUCUGGGGUUAAAUUUGACCAAAACAUCGAGUCUGGCGACUGCGAGGUAUGUGCUGUCGGCAACAGCAAGAAGUCUAGUCACCCACCGGCUAACCGACCUCGCGCCGGCACUCGUCUUGCGCUCUUGCACGUAGACACCUGGUCGCACUCCGUAAAAUCUCUCGGUGGACACAAGGGUGCGGUGAUGUUCACGUGUGACAAUACCCGCAUGAGGUUUGGUUUUCCCAUCAAGAGCAAAGAUGCAGCUGCUGAGGCGCUGGAAACUGUUGUCAAGGAGGAAGCCGACCCGGAAGGACUGUGUAUCACCACGCUACACUGCGACGGAGGGGGCGAGUUCAAGGGAAGGUUCGCGGCGCUGGCAGCAUCACUUGGAAUCAAAAUCGAGACCAACGCCCCGUACAUGCCUCAAGGCAACGCCGUCGCCGAGCGUGGCUUUGGCACGGUCGCAGCCAUAACGCGGCGCCUUCUUCUUGGGGCACCUCAUCUACCGGAGAGUCUGUGGGCCGAAGCGUUCCAAUACGCGAUCUAUAUACUGAAUCGCACGCCUACGGACGUCUUGGGCGGCAAGGCACCACUUGAGGUAUGGGAGAACAAACCGCUUGGCAGCUUGCACCACAUCCGCGAAUUCGGUUCGGUAUGCUUUAAGCACGUGGAAGCGGGGGACAGGCCCAACAAACUGGCUGCCAGGGCUGAGAAGAUGUUUCUGGUCGGUGUCAACCCUAAAAGCCGGUCGUGGAGGCUAUGGUCCCCUCGUGACAAGUUUAAGAUCACCAACUCCGCCGAAGUUUCUAUUCGCGAGAAAGCCCCGCGCGACGUGGUUCCCCCCAAGGCAGGGCAUGAUCCGCUGCCAGAGACUCCAAUGAUUUACCAUCCCGGUCCGGAAGAGUCUGAUGACGACGUCGACAGUGUGGUGGAGCCACAAGACGAGCAGAAGGAUAACGAGCCGGAGCCCACGCCUCAGGCGCAAGAGCCGGGCCCCCGUCGCAGCACCAGGAACCCCAAGCCGACUGAACGUCUGAACCUGUUUACCUUUGCCACGGAGGAGGAGGCCUUCGAGCAAGUGGAACGCUCCCUGCUCACCGGAAGCUCGCUUGGCAACAACGGGACUGGCAACCCUGGCGAAGUGGGCUACAGGGCUCCCGACCCUUCGAGCUACGACGAAGCGAUCCGUGGGCAGGAUGCUCUAGACUGGCAAGAGUCCAUGCGGAACGAAAACCAGUCGCUUGUCGACCUUGAUGUGUACGACUGGGUCGAGCCGCCGACGAGUGCCCAGGACCAGCCGAUCCCGUCAAGGUACCUUUAUAAGCGGAAGUACAAGAAUGGCGAGCUUGCUCGACUGAAGAGCCGCGUUGUGGUCCAAGGCUUUCACCAAGCAGACACGGGCGAGGAUAAAGCGGCGCCUGUGGCGUCCAUGGAAUCCGUCCACCUGCUGAUUGCUAUCGCAGCCAAGAAUGGUUUUGGCCUGAAGCAAGCCGAUAUCAAGACGGCAUUCCUCCACGCGCGGGUUCCUGCAAAUGCGAAACCGAUCUACGUCAUCCCUCCGAAAGGGUUCGAGUGCUCUCCGGAACAACAGGGAAAAGUGUGGCGACUCAAGGCGUGGCUCUACGGGCUGCGCCUCUCUCCGAAGGGCUGGAACGGCACCUUCCACGACUUCCUGCUGGAGAUCGGGUUCGUUCAGAGUACGGCGGACCCCUGUCUCUACAUCCUUAACGCGGGAGGGGUCCUCCUUCUCGUGUACGUCGACGACAUUCUUUUGUCGGGAAGCGACGAAGCGCAGGUGAUGCGGGUCGUCGAGCAGCUGAAGGAGCGGUUCGACACAGUGUUCCUGGGAGAUGCACAGUUCCUGCUCGGUAUGGCACUUGAGAGGAACGUCGACGCCGGAACGAUCUUCCUGUCGCAGGAGAUGUACGCGAAGGCCGUACUUGACAAGUUCGGAAUGGCCGACGCGCACUCUACGAAGACGCCUGCGGAGGCUGGGCCUAUCAGCACCGUGGAGGAGAAGGUUUUGUCUCCAGAGGACACGGUGUACUUCCGGUCCGCCACGGGCAGUCUCCUGUAUCUCAGCAGGGGUUCGAGGCCGGAUAUUACCCACUCGGUGAUGGUGCUUACGAAGAGCAUGGCGAAACCGGGUCCCAAGGCGAUGGCAAAGCUGAAGCGGGUUCUCAGGUAUCUAAAAGGGACAACCACUAUCGGGAUCACAUACACCGAAGACGCCGACGGCGGAGACAAGCUAACGGCGUACGCGGAUUCUGACUUUGCCGGUGACCAAGACAAGGGCUACUCCACAACCGGUGUCGUUCUCUAUCUCGCAGGUGGCCCAGUGAUCUGGAUAGCCAAGAAUCAAACGGUGCUGGCCAUCUCCACGUUCGAGGCAGAAGUCGUCGCGCUGUCCAAGGCGUGCCUCAUGGUUAUACAUUUUCGAAAUUUGCUAGAGUCGUUGAAGAUGAAGCAGAAGCAAGCAACAGUAUUGUACGAGGACAACGCGGGUGCCGUAGCGUUCGCAAAGGGUAGCAAAAUCACGCCCCGCACGAAGCACAUCGACGUGAAGUUCCACCACGUCCGGCACCUAGAGGACCAAAACGUGGUAGAUGUAACUUACAUCGACACCAACAGGCAGAGGGCAGACAUAUUGACCAAAAGUUCGGGAGCUGUGAAGUUCCUGCAGAACCGCCUUAUUUUGCUUGGAGUGGCGAUGGGGAAUGACUCAAUGUCAACGGGCACAGAAGCAGCAGCUGGAGACCAAGACAGCGGUGGCGGUGGAGAUGGAGAUGACGUUGGGGAUGCUGAUUUCCUUCAAGGGAUAUUUGAUGAGGCCAUCGGUCUGGACGAUGUUAUCGCUGACUCCAUCAGCUGUUCUCCCUCGGUCGAUGACUGCGAGGACAACAGGGGAGGUGCGGACUGCAACACAAAUCAGGAUGACUCCCAGCGGUGCGCUGCUGUGCGAAGGUCAACGCUUUCUCCCCCAAAGGUCCCCGUGUGGCGCAUGCUGUACAUCGAUCCCGAUGUGGCCGAUCCAAAACAUGUCACAGAACUGUUGGAGAGUGCCGCUUCGCAGGCGCUCGGAUGGGCUUGCGUGUUCGACGUGGCGACAGACAUCGUGGAGGCGCUGGCAGAUCUUCGCGGAGACACCAUGUCGGUAUACCGGGGGGUGUUCAUCAACGAGUCGCUGUUCCGCCACAAGAAGUUGAACCAAGGGAAAGCAACGGACAAAUCGAUCUUGGGCAAGCAUUUGUCCAAGUUUCUUCGGGAAGCCGGGAUGUCGAGCGCCCGCAUCAUCUUGCUCGUAGCUGGCGACGUCGACUUUGACACCGCCGAUGCCGGAUUGCACGGCCUGAGUGCGGUCUUGCGAAAACCCUUCACAAAGACGGGCUUGAUGGAUAUCUUGCGCGGCCUGUAUCUCAGCAACGAGUCGAGGUCUGGAGCCGCUGCGGCCCCGUUGUCAAACCCGGAACCCCUCGGCGUUCCGUUUCCAGGGCAGUAUAGAUCAAGGCCACCAGAGGGAGUUCCACUAGCGGCGGCCGCGGCCGCGGCCGAGGCGGCAGCAGCAGCAGGUGGAACCACUCCAUCUACUAUCCACGUGGGUGCGCCGGUUCUAGCACCGUCUCAAUACCCGGCAUGCUUGGGAUUCACGCCGUUCACUCACCCAAUGCUCAAUCCGUACAACUUGCCUCUAGCCUUGCUUCGAUCGGGGAAGCCAAAAGCGUGGCCCCGGAGAAGGUACACCAACAUCGCCCCGAGAGAGAAAGAUGACGACCUUGGUGACCAGUCUGCCCCGGUGCUGGAUGGCGCAAGUCCGGAAGAUGUCACGGCGGCAGCCGAUGAGUGUGGUGCUGCUAUAGCCGUCUCGGAACAGACCGCGGGGCAGGCGAUUUAGCCACAUAUGCUCAAGGGUUGGCAGGAGGCGUUACCCCAGCAAGUGGUGUGGCUGUGCAAUAGCAGCUAGAGGUUUUCUGGUCAGUUCGGCAUCAUUGAUAGAUAGAGAGCUUUCGGGCGAGCAAUGCGUGCGAAGUUGGGCUUGACGGGCGCGCGAUUUGUCCAGUGCCUCGAGAAAAGACUCUUGUACUGUCGCCAGGCAGCCGGUUAGCGCGGUCGACGUGACGUACACUGAGAACAUACACCGAUGCUGAAAUUCGACCGACUGCGCGUUGGUACAGCAGUGGUUGUAGCGUUGUUCGGCGUGGGAGGCAGCUAGACUAUGUAUGUGCGCGCGCGGGGUUGGGGGGGGACCUCAGUCCUACUUCACAAGCGUUGUGAUCUAUUGUACGCUGUUCGAUGGUUGGACCCCCAUUCAACAGGUUGGGCUUGGAUUCUCCCGGUCAUUCACGGUCUUGCGGUAGGGUAUCCCCAAUGGACCGAGUGCCAAGGCUGGGGUAGAGUAUGCCCACCAGCAGAGGUCAAUUCAGACAUUUUUAGCUUCUCUGAACAUGUAGAACCCGUGGUGUUCAUUCUCGGCGCUGGAAGCGGCAUGGCCGAUUGCUUUUAACACAGCCGUCUAAGGAAAAAAACGAACACGUACACGAGGUGACAAUACCCGCACUUAAUAUCCACAUGAGGGGGGUCGGUCCAUACACGUGUCGAGGAUUGUGCCAUCGAGGUCCUGCCAGUGCUUCCAGUCGACCUUGGCCAAAAACUGAAAAAAAGCACGCGCGAAAUGCCACCAAGUUCUCGACCUAUGCAUAUGUACACAAUCUGUUCUGCACUACGACCCCGGCAGAGCACCCAUGAACCAGUUCCAAGUGUAAUACGCUCCAGUACGAGGCAAAAAUUCAACGCGACGUUGGCAACCGGGCAAUUGCGGCUUGAUCAACGUCGGGUUGUCUCAUUUUUAAAACAAACUAAUGAAGUUCUAACACUUGACGAAAGGUUACGGUUCGCAAGCGAAACAUCAGCAACCAACGGUUACAGCGGAAAUAGACAAACGUCAAUGAUGUUUGAUGUGGUUCGCCUAACCUUGAUGGUAACUCAGGGCUUCAAGACCUACAACCGCAACAGCCCAACAUAAAGGCGACAGCCACUGUAACUCCGACGUCUCGAACGGACGCGCACGACCAGUGACCCUGAAACGCGAGGGGCGAUCAAAGGUCAAGGAAGGCACUUGCUUGAGUUAAUGCAGGGUCGCUUUGCCCCGCUGCAGCCGCCGCAUUGUCGGCGCCAUGUACAUUGUCCGAGCCGAGCGAGGAUUGAUUACAGGCAACGGGAUCCGCAACCGGCGCUGUCGCUGCAGCCGUAGCCGUAGCGGUGGCGGGGCUGCUGCUUCUGCUGCU